CACCGCGCAGCGGUAAGAUCUUCCGCACGCGUAACGAGGCCAACCCUAGCCCCUGCUCCGCCGAUUGGAUGCGCUGGAUCACGUGCGGGAGCGCGGAGCCGUGCGGCCGCACUCGACUCGGUGGCAUGCGCCCUAGGUUAGAGACUAUGAAGAUUAACCAGAACACAGUCUUACAGGGGAAAAAGGUGACCCUGGUACCAUACACCUCUGCUCAUGUAUGCCGGUACCACGAGUGGAUGAAAUCGGAGGAGCUACAGCGACUGACCGCAUCUGAGCCACUGAGCCUGGAGCAGGAGUAUGAGAUGCAGCGCAGCUGGCAGGAGGAUGCAGAUAAAUGCACGUUUAUUGUACUGGAGACUGAGAGGUGGUCUGGGCAAGCAGGUACCGAGGAGGACUGCAUGGUGGGGGAUGUGAACCUGUUCCUCACAGAUAUGGAAGAUCCAACAGUGGGGGAGAUAGAAGUCAUGAUUGCAGAGCCCAGCUGCCGUGGCCGAGGGUUUGGCAAGGAGACAACUCUGAUUAUGAUGUUUUAUGGAGUAACAAAGCUGGGAAUUACCAAAUUUGAGGCUAAGGUUGGACAGGAAAAUGAAGCUAGUAUCUGCAUGUUCAAAAAGCUUAAUUUUAAGGAGGUUGCCGUGAACAGGAUCUUCCAGGAGGUGACAUUGAGACUGGAUGUGAAUGAGCAGCAGAAACAGUGGCUCCUGGAGCAAACUAACCACGUGGAGGAGAAACACUAUAGUGUGAACCUACAGACUCGUGCCUCUGAGACCUGACAUCUCUUCCAGAGGCAAGCAGUCCAGACCCCUGCUAAGUCUCCAGGGAGGAAGGGUUUGACAACAUUACUGAGUGCAAGUAUGGAAAACACUUGGGACUGAGUGAAUCAAACGACAAACUGAUUUGUUAUUACUCCACAUACCUGGUGUACCACCUGUGAAAUGCUGAUCUUCCACAGCAAUCGCGACAGAGCAUCUACAGCGGCAUUCCUUUGCAAUAGUGCCUGGAAGCUGGGAUGGAUGAACCGAUGCUAACAGGUUAAGCAUAGAAGUACACCUUGGCUGGGAAUGGCCCUUUUAGUCACAAAGCUCCCUCUGCCCUGUUCUAGGAAGGGACUGUCUACACCUCCAACGUCUAUAAACAUCAGUGAAUUGGCCAGCAAUGCUGUCAGUCUAUGGAUGAGCAGAGUAGACUGGGUUCCUAGCUAAAACCCCACCAUCCGUAGCAGAGUUCCCAGUGUCACAAAUGGAGUCUGAGCCACAGGAGACUCUGGCCUGCUUUGUCACAUGAACCGACACAUACAAUGUGACUUAACAUGAUCUAGUAGGCAAAAUAGCUCAUUUGCCAUCCGUGGCUGGUAAAGUGGUGGUUACAAGAUUAAAAAAUAAAAAUAAAGUCAGUGGAUCUGCUAGACAAGUUGUUACUAUUCCAGUUACUGCAGGCACCAGGUUUUCCCCUCUUGGCUUUGUGCUUAAUCUUGGUGUGCCACCAUUGGCAGCUGCCCCACCAUCUACUUGUGCAUGUUUUAAGCCGUUGUGUAGCUCAUCACAGCUCUUGGCUAGUGUGAGCACAGCUUAAUGGGAGAGGCCGGUACAACUAAGAUCAGAGAGGGGUUGAGUGCCCUCCUCUCCCAUUGAAGUGAAUUUGUGUCGUGGGUACUUCAUAAAGGACACCUGGCUGACUUCCUUCGAGCCAGCCAUGGUAAACUAUAACAUUUCUAAAAGGUUAGGAACUAACGUGCUAAACUGCCAGCAUGUAAAGAGAGCAAUCAAAGAGGAUGGAAUCAGAGUACUAAAUUACCUCUGUGCAUCAGACUUCAGCAGACGACGAUUUUUGAUAGGUAGAAAUGCCUGUCUCAGUGUUGCUUGGUACAGGUACUGAAAAAGGGCCAUCGCUGUGACAGGGUAUCCAUAAAAAGAUGAGUGAGAAAAUUAAAUUGCACAGAGGAUGUAAAGAAUAAAGCAGCUGAUCUGCUACUAUGUUUAUUUAAAAUCAUCUACAUUACAAGACAACCAGAGAAUGGCUAACCCCGAACCCAGCCUUUAAGGAAGCAAUAAAUAAAACCAGUGGAACUGACUGCUGCAAGGUGGUGUUGACACCUCUUAAGUCUCCAAACCAGGAUUAGUGCUCAGGUGAACAAGAACAUGCAUUCUGAUACCAUAGUAGUCACUACUGGGUCCAGUUGGCCCACCUUGAUAAUCACUACAAAAGGUCCCCCUCCCCCGCUCUCCUGCUAGUAAUAGCUCACCUUUCCUGAUCAGUCUUGUUACAGUCUGUGUUGUAACAGCCAUUGUUUCAUGUUCUCUGUGUAUAUAAAAUCUCCUCACGAUAUUUUCCACUGUAUGCAUCCGAUGAAGUGAGCUGUAGCUCAUGAAAGUUUAUGCUCUAAUAAAUUUGUUAGUCUCUAA